UCUUCUUCUUCCUCUACAACCAAAAACAAAACCGAAACAAACAAAAAAUAUAUAUAAAUAAAAGAUUUUUUUUUUUUUUUCUUUCUCAAAAAUGGCGGAUCGAGUGAAAGGUCCGUGGAGUCAAGAAGAAGAUGAGCAGCUACGAAGGAUGGUGGAGAAAUACGGACCGAGGAACUGGUCUGCGAUUAGCAAAUCGAUUCCAGGUCGAUCUGGUAAAUCCUGUAGGUUACGGUGGUGUAAUCAGUUAUCUCCGGAGGUUGAGCACCGUCCUUUCUCUCCUGAGGAAGACGAGACUAUCGUAACCGCUCGUGCUAAGUUUGGUAACAAAUGGGCUACCAUUGCUCGUCUUCUCAACGGUCGUACGGAUAACGCCGUUAAAAAUCACUGGAACUCGACGCUUAAGAGGAAAUGCAGCGGCGGAGGCGGUGGUGUGGGGGCGGCGAUGACGACGGUUACGGUGGAGGAUGACGAUGAGGAGGAUUUAGAUCGGCCGACGAAGAGAAGAUCUGUGAGCUUUGAUUCUGCUUUUGCUCCGGUUGAUACUGGGUUGUACAUGAGCCCUGAGAGUCCUGUUGGAAUCGAUGUGAGUGAUUCGAGCACGAUUCCGUCUCCGUCGUCUCCAGCGGCUCAGCUUUUUAAACCAAUGCCGAUUUGCGGCGGAUUCUCGGUGGUUCCGCCGGCGUUAUUACCGGUUGAGAUGUCUUCGUCAUCGGACGAUCCGCCAACUUCGUUGAGUUUGUCACUACCUGGAGCUGAGAACACGAGUUCGAGCCACAACAACAACAACAACAACAACAACAACAGUGCGUUGAUGUUUCCGAGAUUUGAGAGUCAGAUGAAGAUUAAUGUAGAGGAGAGAGGAGGAGGAGAAGGACGUAGAGGUGAGUUUAUGACGGUGGUGCAGGAUAUGAUUAAAGCUGAAGUGAGGAGUUACAUGGCGGAGAUGCAGAGAACAAGUGGAAGUGGUGGAUUCGUCGGCGGAGGAGGUUUCAGGGAUUGUGGCAUAAUAACACCUAAGGUUGAGUAGUUUUUUGUUUUUGGUUUAGGAGAAGGAAGGAACUCGAAUCGAUUUGGGAUUUCCAAAAAGAGUAUUCUUUUUUUUUUGGGGGUUUAUGGUUAAAUUAAAAAAAAAUGGAAAAAAAAAUGUACAGAGGAAUUAAAAUUUCUAUGGAAUAAUCUUAAAUCUCAAAUGUUUUUCAUUUACAGAUUAGUGAUGAUAUGGAACAGAAGCUUAUAAAAACAAGUUUAGUAUAUACAUCAAAUUAGUGAGACAUUCUUGUCACAUAACAC